UACUCUAAAUCUCCAAGUGUUUCACACGUUUUCUUAGACAUAUCUGUGACAUUGAAAUAGUUUUGGGGCCAGAAUAAUCACAGUCUCAUGUUUUCUCUUUGUAUCUGUAAAAUCUGUAUCGCUGAGAAAAAAGUCUGAAGUCCAGACCUCAAAACACGCAGUAAAUGACUACAUUAACUUUAAAGCCAUGUUAGGAUUGAGCCAAAGUGGUGGUUACGUGUUUGUUUUUGGUGAGAGCGGCAGCGAGCUGCGUUGGCUGUAAUCCUUCCUGCCUGUGUGAUUGACAGCCACAGGUUUAGUAGCAGCAGCAGCAGCAGGAGGAGGAGGAGGAGGAGGAGGAGCAGCAUGUUCCACCUUCAAAAUCUGGAGGAAAGCAUCAACAGAAAUCACCCCGACCGUGAUCUGCAAGGUCACGAACAACAUCACUGAUUGAUGCUUCUCACCAUUUCUCUGGAGCGUGGCUGUUUUUGGGCUUUGCAUGCUAUGGAUCACACACUCUUUGGAUGCCUCAGGAGCCCCCACGCCCCGGCCCAAGCCCUGCAUCCCGCCUUCACCCAGUCACCUCUGACCCUCCACGGACGCUCAGACCAUGUCUCCUACCCGGACCUGGCCUCUUCCUCGUCGUCCUCCUCCACCUCCUCGCCGGCUCCCUGCAUCAUCUCCAGCUACCCGGCCGACGACGGCCUCUUCCCAGGUCACCAUCCCCACCACCACCACCACCAUCACCACCACCUGCACCGCAGCGGCGUAGGACACCUGAGUUCUGAACAACAGCAGCAACAUCACCACCAUCACCAUCAACCGCCCCAGCACCACCAUCAGUCCUGGCACAUCUCCCAGAUGCCGUCGCCAGGCAGCGGCGCCGCCGCCACGGGAGCGCGACACAACCUGUGCAACCCACACGACAGUGGGCCGACACCUCCAGACAUGGGCCACGGUGGCGGGCCGAAUGUGUGUGCCACCACCCCGAGUUUGGGAAAUGUUGGGGGAGGCAGCAGCAGUGCCCCCACUGGGGCCUCUUGUGCGCCUGCAGACUUCGGGAGACAGACUUUAUCGCCUUCGGAGGUUGACAAGAGGAGCGGGAAAAGGAAAAGUGACAGUUCAGAAUCGCAGGAUGGGAAUUAUAAGACAGACGUGGGCAGCAAACCCAGAAAAGAGAGGACGGCCUUCACCAAGGAACAGAUCCGGGAGCUCGAGGCUGAGUUCGCACACCACAACUACCUGACCCGACUACGGCGCUAUGAGAUCGCUGUCAAUCUGGACCUGACAGAAAGACAAGUGAAGGUGUGGUUCCAGAACAGGAGAAUGAAGUGGAAGCGAGUAAAGGGCGGACAGCAAGGAGCAGCGGCGCGGGAGAAAGAACUCGUCAACGUGAAAAAGGGAACUUUGCUGCCGUCGGAGUUCUCGGGAAUUGUGGCUCUGCACCACUCCACGGACUUGUUAGCUAACGAGGACAGUCACGACAGCGACCAGAGCUCAGACCACGCUCACUUGUGAUGCGCAAAGGCACGAGCGUGAGUCCGGGCUUUGCCUUCUCCUCCUCAGGACUUUCCUAACAGGGACUGCUGUUUGCUUUCGUGUCAUCGUGAUACAACGAUGCAAAAUAAGUGUACAAAGACAAAUUAUGUGUGUUUGAAAAUGCAGUCGUGAAAAAGAAAAUUAUGUAAUUUUGACGAACUGGGCAAACAAAUGCUGGCAAAGCUGGUCAAACGAAAUUAAAAUGCCAUUGUUUUUAAAAUAGACAAAUCUCCAUUGAGCAGGCUGACUGCUAAUUGAAGAAGUGGGUCAUAAUAAAGGGGCUAGCUACUUGCUUCUUAAUGCCAAUUGUACGCCAAAACUAUCAAGGGCAUCAUUUGCCACAUUGUGAUUCAACUAAAAAAAAAUGAGAUGCAGCUAUAAAUUAAAUAAAACCUAAUUUCCACAACAAUGGAUUUGGCCUAAGUUAGCGGUAGCUAACUUGUACUCAUGUCCCAUGUUACAGACAGAGUAAAAAAAUGAUCUGGCAUAGUAACAUGCCACAUACACUCUUCAACUUGGCCUACAUCCUGCAUUGGUUUUGGACUUUUGGUCGUCGACUUUUGUCCACGUACAUUAAUCAGGAUGCUACACACAAGCCACCAAAAUGGUGCUGUUCUGUCCCGAUGUACAAUUCAACUAUACAUGGCUCUUUCCUCUCCUUUGGUUACAAUGGUAGCCCACAUUUGAUUGGCCAUAACUUUGAAUGAAGUUUAAGGCAUUCAACAAUGUUUGUGGUCUGAAAACAUUGACAACUCUAAUUAUAAUAUAAAUAUUAUAAGUUUAAAAAAGAAAAACGUAAAACAUUCCAUGUUUUAUGCCGUGAGUAAUGCAUGCUGUGGCCGUGAUUUGCACUGUUAAACACUUCGUCCGUGCUGCCAUCGCCAUCUACUGUACAAAUGUAUAGAACUACACAACUGCAACUGAGGUUAUGAAAGUAAAAUACAUGAAAAUGUGUUGGGAAUAAGAUUCAGUCAGGCUAAAUAAUAUAAAUAAGCUUUACAGAACUGUCAGUGUGAGUCUUACAGGGACUAAAUAAAGGGUGUUUUAUCCAACGUA